AUGCCUGCACCACCAAUUAAGGAGAGAACUCCUAUCAAGGACCUGCAAAAGGUCUUCCACUAUACCGAUACCAUGACUCGGAAGCCAACUCGCGACAAUGAUCCGUACGAAUACCUUCCUGGUUUUGGUAAUCGCCACCAAUCCGAAGUCAUCCCGGGUACUCUCCCGGCGGGACAGAACAAUCCCCAGGAACCUAGAUUCGGCCUAUACACAGAGGGUCUUACCUAUUCUGCCUUUGCUGCGCCGCGUCAUGCCAAUUUUAGUACAUAUAUGUACAGGGUCAGGCCGGCAGCUGCUCACAAUGGCUACAGAACCAACAUUGAGCACAAAGCAGAUGUUGAGAACUGUUUCCUAAGCCUCAACCCCAAAGUCGCGACUUUGGCUGAACAGGCAGAAUGGUCUCCGUUCCCUUUGCCUAAAGAUGACGAGCGAAUCGACUUUGUGGAUAGUCUUCAUACCUUGGGUGGAAGUGGUGAUCCUAACCUGCGAGAGGGUAUUGCUCUUUAUGUCUUCAUGAUCAAUGCAGACAUGGACCACCGCGCAUUCUGCAACACCGACGGAGACUUUCUCAUUGUGGCCCAACUGGGGAAUCUUGACAUCCAGACCGAGUUGGGUAAGCUGUUCCUGCAGCCCGGAGAGAUCUGUGUGAUUCCUCGUGGUAUUCGCUUCGCUGUUCGCCUGGGAGCCGGCCACAACGUCGCUCGUGGGUAUAUCACUGAAGUCUGGGGUUCCCGAUGGGAGUUGCCUGAUCUGGGGCCAAUUGGUGGUCACGGACUGGCUAACCCUCGCGAUUUCUUACACCCUGUCGCUCAUAUUGACGAGAACCUUCAUGAAGACUGGUCGAUUGUCAACAAGGCAAACGGCACUUAUAAUGCCAUUGAGCAGGAUCACAGCCCCUUUGACCUGGUUGCAUGGCAUGGUAACGUCGUGCCCUAUAAGUACGACUUGACCAAAUUCUCUUCUCAAAAUGCGACUUCAAUCGACCAUACCGACCCCUCGGUGAACUGUGUGCUGACAGCUCCCUCGAGAGACCCGGUCACCCCACUGGCCGACUUUCUGUGGUUUGGACCGCGCUGGGAUGUGGCAUCCAACACAUUUCGUCUUCCGUACUUCCAUCGCAACUCGGCCACUGAGUUUUUGGCUUCUCUCUAUGGCAAUGGAUUAGGAAGAUCCGACGACUUCCUACCUGGAGGAGGUAGUGUAGAGAUCAGCCAUACACCACAUGGCAACUUCAGCGAUGCCUAUGUGUACGAGAUGAGGAAUCAGGUGAAUGGACCUCGCAAGAUCCUUGAGAAUCAAAUGACAAUCAUGGUGGAGAGCAGUCGGUCGUUCCUCUUCACAGAAUAUGCCCGCAGUGGAUGUGGCACAUUUAAAGACCGGGGAACUGACCCUAAAGUCUGGGAUAAUCUUCCGGACAAGUUCUCGUCGUAUCCCAACAUUCAGGAGAUCCUUCAAAAGGUCAAAGCGGACAAGGAAGCCCGCAGGCAACGCCUGGAGGCAUAUUAUGACGACGGGUUGCUAGCUGACCUGGCGCUUCAAAGGCCUUAA